AUGAAUACCCGCCAGUCGAUCGAUGAGUCCACCGGGCCAUACUCACUAUCGGUAACGUUUAACCAUGACAACAGCUGCUUCUCGGUGGGGUUGGAUACGGGCUUCUGUGAUUUCAAUGCCGGCAUUGGGGUCGCCGAAAUGCUGGGCCAGUCAAACUAUUUAGCCAUCGUGGGCGGUGGUAGGAACCCUAAGUUUCCACAGAACAAGUUGGUCAUUUGGGAUGAUGCCAAACAGAAAUCAGCCAUCACUCUUGAAUUCCGGACCUCGGUUCUGGGAGUUCGUCUCUCCAAGUCAAAGAUUGUUGCGGUGCUGUUGAAUAGUGUUCAUGUAUUUGCUUUCUCCAAUCCCCCAAAGAAGCUCUCGGUGUUCGAGACCUCAGACAACCCACUAGGACUAGCCUGUCUCGACCAGAAGGUGCUUGCCUUUCCUGGUCGGUCCCCAGGGCAGGUCCAGAUGAUAGAACUGGAGACAGGCAACAUCAGCAUCGUUCCGGCACACAGCACCCCGCUCCGGGCAAUGGCACUAAGUCCCAAUGGAAGUUUACUGGCAACAGCUAGUGAAUCGGGAACGUUGGUUCGAAUAUUCGCUACCGGCAACUGUACAAAGUUGGCAGAGUUACGCCGCGGCGUUGACCACGCGGUCAUAUUUUCUAUUGCAUUUUCCCCGUCCAAUACUAUGCUGGCAGUUACAUCUGACAAAUCAACUCUCCAUGUGUUUGAACUCCCCCAGCAACCCAUCGGCCGUCGCAGUCAAUCACCGACGCCAGCGGCAGAGGAAACGGCCCCUAGUCAAAAAUGGGGGAUCCUUGGCAAGAUUCCUCUACUUCCCCGUGUUUUUUCGGAUGUAUACUCUGUUACGAGUGCACAUUUUGAGAUUUCCGAAGGCACGGCGCCGAGCUCGGGGUAUAUACCACCAAGUGGGUCGGCAUUUGGUCGGCCUCAGAAAGGACUUCUAGGGUGGUGCGAUGACCAGACUCUGAUUGUGCUGGGUUCCGGAAGAGAGGGGCGCUGGGAGAAGUUUGCGCUUCGAGAAGGCGAUGAAGGCAAGAAACAUUGCGUUCGAGAUGGCUGGAAAAGGUAUCUUGCGUAG